GGUAGCUAGCACCAAUCAGCUAACAUGAGAUGUUGAACACAGAAGCACUAGACUCACACUCAUUGAACCUGCGCUGUGAGGAUAUUGAUACGAGAUGCAAUGGUGAUAUAAAUGAUAGUGGUUCACACAACGACACAGAGAACAUGUCGGUGCUCUAUUCUUCUGUUCUGCAUUUGGCAAUGCUUCUGAGUCUCCACUCAGGUUUGCAGAACCUAACUACACUGCCAAAUCCAACAGCAGUCAUAUUACACAAAGGAAAUUCAGUGACAAUCCACUGCACCCACAAUUUACCCAAUGACAUUGAAAUAUUUACAGUAACUAUAAAAGGAACAGAGGUGCUGUGCUUUUCUCAGUGUAACAGACAAGAGUGUCUGGUGUCGAAGACAUGUAAAGAAAGCAUACAAAUUAAGUGGAAUAAUGAGACCAGAGAAAUCUUCUUUUCACUGAUGAAUCUACAGAUAAAUGAUUCUGGACUUUACUCUUGUGAAGUAAAAAGAGCUGCACCUCCACCUGCACAAGUUUUCUCAAAAAACAUAACUAUUUGUGUAACAGCCCCUCCUGCAGUGUCUGUGUCUGAUGUAAAGGAGUCCACUAGUGGACUUCCCAUGUUGCUGUGCUCCUCUCAGGGGUUUUACCCAAAGACCAUAGAGCAGGUGUGGUUUAGAGAUGGUCAGCUCCUCAACACCAGACUUUCAGACAGGCAGAGAGAGGUCAACACAGAUGGUUCCAUCACCGUCCACUCCUACCUGCCUCUGUCCUCAGGACCCAGCCAGGCUGGCCUCUAUCUCUGCUGGGUCAACCACUCUUCCCUCAGCCAUCCCAUCACUGUCAAUCACACAGUCAUGUCCAAUGGUGUCCCAGUGCGUUGGCCAUUUAUUGUGGUCAGCAUUGGAGCAGUCUUGAUUCUAGUGGUCCUUAUCAUCAUGAUCAUCAAGUGUACACAUUUCAUGCAUUUGGUCCAGUUGAUCAAUGUCACAUUGAUUUUUAUCCAGAGAGAGUCAAACACCUUUUUCUUUUUGGAACAACCCAAGAACCUGUCCACACUGUCUCCUCCGUGACUGAGAACAUCAUCUACUCAACACUGGGAGACCAUCAUCCAAUCACUCUCUCCACUGCUGUACCAACUUAGACAAGGGAUCAACAAGCAGUACUGUACCAAUAGGGCCAUAGACAGUACCACCUGAUGUACCAAAUCCUAGGAUGGGAUCCUAGCUGCAGAUGAAUCAUGUAGGACUUUCUCAGAAUCACCAUGUUUGGGACACUUGACUGGGGAAUGAAAAAAUAUAAAUUUGCUUGUAGGCUAUCUAUUCUAAUUAUGUGCAUAAAAUCAAUUUGAUGUUGAA